AUCAUGCAUUGCACUCUCAACUAUAUUCAUACAUACAUUCUCAACUAUCUUGUGUUACAAUUUGCACUCUCACAGUGGUCUCUAUCUCUAACUAGAGAUAGACCUCUGUCUUUGCUUUGCUUUGCUUUGCUUUGCUAUCUCAAGUCAAGCUAAGUGCAAUUUUUAUCGGAGAUGUCAAUUUGUAUGACAAUGAAGAUAGAAGAAGACACUGUGCUGAAUCAGAAGCAAGGGAUAGUCACUAUCUUGAACUGUAACAGUGACACUAAUUUCACACCUACAUCACCUCCAUCUCUAAGAAGAACUCUCUCAGCUGACAUGUCAUCAAAGAAAUGGUUUCCACAAAAUGGAAACUCGAACCCCAUCAAAAAGAAUUCAUCAUCUGAAAACCUCUUUCAGCUGCACUCGAACAAGUCAUUUUCAUCCUCGGAUGAAGAUGAUGAGUUCAAAGAAACUAAGAUGAUUGAUGAAGUUGAAGAUGAAGCUGAGAGAGAAAGGCUUGAGAUUUGGAGUUCAAUUCAAAAGAACAAAAAAGAAGAGCAACAAAAAAGUGGGUCAUUUGAUACUUGGAGUUCACUCAUGUCUUUGAAGACUAAGGAUGAAAUCUCCAAAUCUCUUCCACCAUACAUUCAUCCUCUUGCGAAGAGGACGAAAAGUUCUUUGUCUAGGAAGAGCCUUGAGAUUUGCACCGAGAGUCUCGGAUCUGAGACUGGUUCAGAUGGAUUGGUGUUUUCUUAUCCUCCAUCUGAGAGUCCUGGAUCCAAGACUAGUUCUGAUGGGUUGUUGUCUUCUUAUCCUCUGUUUGAGAUAGAGGAUACAAAAGAACAACAACACCAACAAGAACAAGAAGAGAAAAAAGAUGAUGAAGAUGAAGAAGAAACGGAAGAAGUGUUGGAAGUGGCAAGGUUCAAUUAUGGUAGUGUUGCCGCUACUACUAAGAAGUCGCAACCACGAUCCUUCCCUCCACCACUUCCUUCGCUCUCUCGCCAAGAUGGUCCAUCUCUUCACAUGAGGCCACACCGCGACAACGGAAGGUUGGUUUUAGAAGCUGUAUCUCUUCCUUCAUUGAACAACUUCUCUGUUCAACGCCAAGACGGACGACUUGUACUCACUUUCGCCAAUCAAAAUGAAGAAGUUGAUGAGAAUGAUGAGAAAGAAAAUGAUGGAGUAGGUGAGAUGGAGGAAGAGUUUGAAGGGUUUGAAGAAGAAGAAGAAAAAGAAGAUGAAAAUGAAUAUGAAGAUGAAGUUAAUCAAGAUGAAGAAUUUGAGAGUGUGAUGGAGAAAGGGUCAUUAAUGUCUUUUGAGAAAACUACUAUUAAAAGUAGUGUUCAUUGGAUAGGAUCUAAUAAGAGCAAUAACAAUAUGGUGAAUAAGCAAAUUGGGCUAGUGAAUAGGAAUCCAAUGUGGUCAAAGAAGUUCAAUAAUGAAGUGGAUAACAAAAACUUUGAAGACAAAGAUGUUCAAAUGGUUGAAGCUAGUCAAAUGGUAAAAUCACUUCCACCAAGGCCAAGAGUUGCAAGAUUGAUUCCAUCAGCACCAAAUGCAGCAACUGGUUCUUUCAACUUGAAUUCUUAUGAACAUUAUUGGAGGACCACAAAACCAACAUCAACAAAAGGUGCUAAUUAUCCACUUGGCCAUUAUCAAGAGAACAACAACAAUAAUAAGAGUAAGAUUGUUGUGUCUACAAAAGGUGAGAUGAAGAACAUGAACAAAAACUCCAAUGAUAAGCAACAAGUUUUGGUUCUCAAAGGAAAGAAUGGUGAUUACUUGGUUCAUAAUUUGAAGAGUUGCAAGGAUUCAAGAAGGUCUUUUCUAUUUUGGGAACCAUAUUGCAUUGCUACCUCAUGAGUCACACCUAAACAAUCACAAAAGUUUACUACUACUAUUUCUAAUUAAUCCAACAACAUCCAUUGCUUAAAUUCAAACACUAAUAUCUUCGUUUCUUUUUAUAAGCACCCUUUUGCACGAUACAAAAGGAGUUUAUAAUUAGAUACAGAGGUAGUAUUUAUUACUCCAUGUAUCCUUUUUAUUAAGUCUACUUAGUUCAACUCCUACAAGGAGUUCAAGGAGUUGUAAUGUAGUGUAGUCAAAUAAAAGAAAAGGAUAGUGAGAAUUACUACUUUAAUUAUUUGUAACUUAAUUGUAAGGUGUCAUAUAAUUUAUAAUAUAAUAAAAUAUAUAUUUAUCUA